UUGCCAGCGAGGGGGGAAACGAAAGCUGCGAUUGCUGCUGUCUGUGCUCCCGCAGCGCCAUGGCCGGGCCCGGCAGCUUCCCGCUCGUCGCCCUGCUCCUCAGCCAGUGCCUGGACACCGGGACCAGCAAGGCAGGGCUGAAGCUCUGGGCCGAGGACCCCAUGGCCGUGGGGUCCCCCCUGCAGCUUCACUGCGCCUUCCGAGGCCGGGAGCACAUUACCCUGGUGAGCUGGUGGCACUGGGGCCAGAACUGGAGCCGUGAGGACCUGGCCGUGAUACACCCCAAGCACGGGGCCUACGUGCUCCCCGCUGUCCGGAACCGCUUGUGGGUCACCAAUGUGUCCGACGACGGGCAGGUGGGACUCACGGUGCCCAGCCUGGAUCUACAGCACAAUGACACCCGCUACUGCUGCAAGUUCUCCACCUUCCCCUCGGGCGUGUCGGAGCAGUGCCUGCAGGUCCUGCUCCCCGAGCCCGCCGCUGACCCCUCCCCGGCCCCCCACUCCUUGCGCCGCGCCUUCCUGCGCCCCGACGUGCUGGGGACCCUGGGCGCUGGGGGCUUCUUCCUGCUGGGGAGCGUCCUGCUGCUGGGCCACCUCCUGCGGGAGUGGACAAGGAGGCGCAGGAAGCUGAAGGUCUCUCAUCCCCACCCCAACCUGCCCAGCUCUCAGGAGACCCCCAUAGCUCUGUGGGUGCAGCAGGGGCUGCCGGGCCGGCGCAACUCUUUCUCCGCCCCCUACGUGCUCAUCAACUUGGACUAUUUCACCCCUCAGCCCAGCACCACGGCCCACGCGGGCCCCCUGCCCCCCCCGGUGCCACCCCGGUCAGGCCGGGACAGAGGGCAGGGCCCGGGGCAGAGCAAGGCCUUGCGCUGGGAGCAGGGGCGUGAGGAGCAGUGCCCAGGCCGCCGGCACAGGACCUGACACUGGCUUCCUUCCCCUCGGGACUCAGCGCCCCGCAAAGCUUGAGGGACCCGUCCCGUCCUCUGCAAAGACAGGACGCUGUCCACCCCUCGUGCCACGCGCGGGACCCCACGGCUGGAGCUGCCCACCCCAGAGCCGUUGUGACAGGAUGGGAAUUCUCUGGAACAUUUUCUAUGAAGACUGUGCGUGCCUCAGUUUCCCCCUCUACGCAGCAUGGUGGGAAAAGGCGGCUCACUCUCGGGACGGGCACGACGCAGGGGGGACCAGCGCCGGGCUGUCCUGGGUCUCUGCAGACAAUGGCAAAGCCAGUCACCGGGACAUUUGGUACCGAGCGACCAUGAACAGCCCCCACCCGCAGGCAGCCGGCCGUGUGGGUCCAGCCGGAGAGCCAAGAACCGAGCCCGGCCAGGCUCCAGGUGACCCGGAGGGACCGGGCUCAACCUGUCUGUUCUCCACAAAUAAACCACGCGGGGGGGAAACGGUCUCAGAGAGGCCCCCCCCCCCCCGCCCCCGUUCCUCUAGGUCCUACAGAU